ACACCGCUUAUAUUUGACAUAAACAUGCUUUCAUAAUAUUCAAAUGUAAUGUUAGAUUAUUUAACACUGGAUAAUUUCAUAAUGCUGUCUAUAGUGACCAAAGGGAGCGGUCAGACAACAAGACAUAAACACAAACAUGGUGUCUCUGCUCUGCACCUUACAAAGUCACCGCGACGACGUGAACUACUGCGCGUUCUCCGGCGCUCUGCUGGCCACCUGCUCGGCUGAUAAGAGCAUCUGCGUUUACUCCACACGAGACUUCAGCGAGCUGUCCUUCUCCCCGCUGUCCGGACACGGAUACGGGGUGCACUGCUGCUGCUUCAGCGCCUGCGGGCAGUACCUGGCCUCCUGCUCCACCGAUGCCACCACCGUGGUGUGGUCGAUGGACACCGGAGAGAUCGAGGCCGUCCUGGAGCAUCCGGGCCGGAGUCCGGUAAGGGUGUGCGCCUUCUCUCCAGACUCUUCUUACCUGGUGUCUGGAGGCUCCGACGGGACCAUCGCGCUGUGGGACUUCACCUCCAGGACCCUGCGCAGGACGGGCGCUGUGACGGACACCAGUAUAGUGGCCUGCUCGUUCACUCCCUGCGCUCAGCUGUUCAUCACCGGCUCCACAUACGGUGACCUGCGGCUGUGGGACCUGAGCAUGAACCAUCUCCAUGCGGAGAAGAACGCCCAUGACCUCGGGGUCUCCUGCUGUCAGUUUGCUCCCCAGACAAUGAAGGGCGCAGAUGGCUGUGUUCAGUUUCGGUUGGCCUCAUGUGGACAGGACAGUCUGCUGAAGAUAUGGAUUGUUUCUCUUUUGUCUGCUGCAGGCAUUAAGAUGCAGCUCGCUCACACUCUGACCGCUCAGUCUGCUCCCGUUCUGUCCUGUGCUUACUCUGCUGACGGACAGAUGUUGGUGUCGGGAUCGGUGGAUAAGACCGUGACGGUGUAUCAAGCUAACGACGGUGUCUUACUCUACACACUUAACCAGCAUGAAAGGUAUGUGACGGCCUGUGCCUUUUCCCCCACGGCUCCUCUCAUCGCCACCGGCUCCAUGGACAAAACCGUCAAUAUCUGGAGGGUAGAGGAUGGCAGCGGCGCUCAGGAAGGCAAAUCUCUUUCCGAUGGAGCUGCUUCAGUUUCAAGCAGUGGAGGCAGGAAGUCGAGUGGACACUCCAGGCUGAUGGUGAGCGAGUGGUCUGAGGAGGAUGUGUUGGCAUGGUUACGUGAGGAGGGGCUAGAGGCUGUGAUUGAUGUGUUUAAAUCCAAUAACAUCGAUGGAGAGGAGCUGCUCUCUCUCACUGAGAAAAGCCUCAGCUCUGAGCUGCACAUCGAGUCUCUGGGCCUACGGAGUAAAAUUAUGAAGAAGAUUGAGGAGUUCAAAAUGGCACCCGUCUCUAACGGCACUCCCGACGAGUACCUCUGUCCAAUCACGCGCGAGAUCAUGAAGGACCCAGUGAUCGCUGCCGACGGCUACUCGUAUGAACGGGAGGCCAUUGAGAGCUGGAUCAACACAAAGAGCCGGACCAGUCCUAUGACCAACCUGCCCCUGCAGACCACUCUUCUGACACCCAACCGUACACUCAAAAUGGCCAUUUUCCGAUGGACCUCUUGUCAGUGAUUUCAAAUAAUAAUGAGCCCAGAACUAAUCACUAUGGCACCGAUUUAAGAUCAGACUGGCUUUAGACAUUAGCAAGCUGUACAUUUGAGUGCUUUCGCUUUUAACAGACUGUAGGGAUGUCUCAGCUCUAGACUUGAGCUCAAGUUCAGCCUUAAUCCUGAGAGUGAGGUGUUCCAUUAGAUGUGAUGGGAGCUUCGUGUGAUCCUCCAUCCGCAAAGUGAUGGUAGUUACGUCACAGGAAGCCUGAAGAGCAAUUGGUCCAUAAUCAGGCUAAAACUACUAACUGCUUCUCCAGCAUAACACAGCGGAGUAUCGAGUGGCCUUAAACAUCAUAAUAAAUGUUUAUCAUCCCUUUUUUGCUCUUUAGAGGACAGUUUGCUUUCUCAAUGAUAUCGUUUCUAGCACAUAAUUAUGAUUCCUCCUGCAGCUGUUCUAUAUCGCUUAUGAUUACUCACAGGUCUGAACAUAAGUGAAAAUUGUUCAUUGAUUUAGUCCUAUUUCAUGAAAUUAUUUUCUAUUAACGAUUUAAUGGUUACAUGAAGUUUCUUAUAAGAAACAGUUUACAUGCUUAAAAUCAGGAAUAUAUUUGUGGAUGAUCAUUGUAGCCAGUUCAGUGACAUGUAAAGCUUCACUAUGCAGCAUAUGUAUAUGACUGCACUCGACAGUCUCUGGACCUUUACCUUCAUGAGCUGGUGGGGGGUUCAUGCUCGGAUAAACCUGCUGUGAGACUGAAAUUCAUGCAGAAAUAAAAGAAACCUGUUGUACAGCUGA